UGCGCUCCAGGGAAGGGGAAGCGGGAAAGGCAGUUUAACUGUCAAAACCAGGCGCGGGAAGAGAAGAGUUGGGUAUAAAACAGGUCCACCGAAAGUCGCUCCAAGAAGAAAGGAUGUAAAGAUGGUGUUCUGGUUUUAUAAUCCAGCAGUUAAGUAAUCCAAAAAAGGAAAUGCCUAGGACCUGACAAAUAAUGAUUUUCUGAUAACAGAAUCAGACUUACCAUGGCAAUUACUACUUCAGACACAAUCAUUCCCCUGUUUGCUGAUGGCAUCUGUGGCAUAACACCGAGAUCAGGAUCAAUUGUUGCUGGUGUAUACAUGAUCUUAAUGACCAAUAUGUAUCUUAUCUUUGAGUUUCGACACCUAAGCCUUGCAUUAGCUGAGUUGGCAAAGUUUAAAAUGAAAGGCUUAACCAGGAUUAUUCCAUAUUGCUAUUAUACAGCAAUAGUUUUGGCUUUUAUAACUUAUCCUGUAUGUUUCUAUUAUUUAUAUUGUAUCUAUAAGAGAAAAACUAUAGGUCUUUAUAUAUACUUUUUUUGGAUAAUCGUUUAUGAUGCAGCCAACAUAGUCAUUGUAGUCUUAACUAGCCAGAUUGCAUUUUCAAUAAGUCCUUUAGAAUGGUUUGGAUUGGCCAGUAGGAUUCCCGUGGAUUGUUUUUGGCUUUGUUUUAUUAUAACAUAUGCUUCAUUGCUUUUUCAAAGAAAACGUGCAGGGAGGAUGUCAAUGAGGCAAAGGAGGACAUCAAGAUAUAUUAGCGAACCUCCUAAGUUUAGACUCGGUGUAAGUGGCAAGAGAGUUCAGUGGUAGCUAUCAAAAUACUGUUCUAUGCAACUAUGAACAUCAGGCCUCCACAAUACCUGGCAAAAAGGGCAAUUACUAUAUUCCUAUCUAUUUAUUAUCCUUUACCUAUUCAGAACAAUGAAAUUAGGGUGAUUGUCAGAAACAUGGUAGGCUAUAAUAUAUACUAAGUUCAGAACCAAUAUAUGUAUGUCUUAAGUAAUGCUUCACAUUGUUUUACUUCAUUAUCUUAUUGGGUUAAAUGUCUUUAAUAAAGAUAAAUUUCAUAAUUACUGUA